AUGGCAUCGAAGCAACACGCCAUCAAGCCGUCUACGCGGGCGCUCGCCAAUCUUGAAUCCGGGGCUUUUAUCGAUCUCGAAAAUGAGGCGGGCAAACUCCCACAGUACGACCCCGAGACAUGUCCUGACGGUCUUAUCGACCUCUCCGGAGCUAUCAACAGCCUAAUGAAUGACGUUUUGGAGGAGGAAAUGACCAACUUUGAAAAGUCAUAUAGUCUCAGUGAAGCUAUGAAAUACGGAGACGUGAUGGGACCGAAAGGCCUUUCGAAAGCCGUCAGUAGUUUCAUGAACCGCCACUUCGACCCGGCUCGGGCUCUGAGCGCAGAUGAUAUUAUAGUGACGAACGGCGUCACUUCACUCAUCGACAUGAUGGCGUUUGCCAUGUGUAAUCCAGGGGAGGGAAUAAUGGUCAUAACUCCGACUUACAUGAUGUUUCCUCAUGAUGUCUGCGCCAGGACAGGCGUCAAUCUCAUCAACGUCGAUCUCGACACCAUCGAAGACCAGUUCGAGGCCAAGGACUCUGCAAAAGUUACGAAGGCUUUAGGCGAAGCAUACUCUGCUGCCCAGAAGAGCCGCGUCACUCCCAAAGCCGUCCUUUUGUGCAACCCAAGCAACCCGUGCGGACGGACGUAUCCACGCGCCACCCUCAUCGAAAUCGCCAGAUUUUGCGGCCAGCGGAAGAUGCACCUGUUAUCCGACGAGAUUUACGCGAUGUCUACCUUCACUCCGCAUGACCGGGCAGCUACACCCUUCACAUCUGUGCUAAGCAUCCCAGAUGACCCCGAAAACGGGGUGUUUACGGAAAACAUACACUGCAUGUACGGCGCGAGCAAGGACUUUGGCUGCGGCGGGCUAAGACUCGGGUUUCUCGUCACCCGUAACGAACUCCUUUGGCGUUCUGUAAGACGGCUGGUGCUUUUCACGUGGGUGACGAGCUUUUCGGCCGCUUUUUUCAUGCACUUUCUGCAGAAUGAGGAGGCAGUCGACCGGUAUGUGUCCGUCUAUCGCGAAAGGCUCGGGAAGCAGUACGACUUCACUGCCAAACUCCUCGACAAGUACAGAAUUCCGUUCUGGGAGGCCGAUAGUGGGGCGACGACCACAGUAGUCGAGAGAUGA